CUUUCUUAUGUACUUAAAUUUUCGUCACUUUGGCAAUUAUCCACGUUGGCAAUUCCAAUGCUGAACUGUCAAUUUCAGCGAUUUGUCGGUCCGUAAGCUAGACCUCCUUAUUGUUGAAUUUAUAACAAAUUUUGUAUACUAUGUGGUUCCUAUCCGAUAUUAGCUAAAACGAUUGUAGCUCGACUGUCCGCCUCUUAAUUGCAAUGCUAAAAUGAUUCCACUAAAAGACAACCAGGAUGUGGCGUCAUUUCUCGUCACCAAGCACUCAUGGAAGGGCAAGUACAAGCGGGUGUUCUCGGUGGGUACCCACGGGAUCACCACAUACAACCCGGACAGGCUGGAGGUGACCAACAAGUGGCUGUACGCGGAUGUGGUCACCGUGGCCUCGGCGAAACACUCCAACUCCUCAGCCAACCAGGACUUCAUGCUGGUGAUGAAGAAAGAAAAAAAGGUGGACACUAUGAAGUUCUCGUCUGAACAUAAGUGUCUGAUCCUCACUGAGGCUUUCAAGUAUAGGCAUUUGUUUGCUGAGAAGAAAGAUGUUCUUAGAUUUCAAGCGUAUAAGCACCACUGGAGUGGGACCAGAUUGCCAAUAGUUCUUGAGGUUGGACCCUGUGCUUUAGAGCAACUGGACCCAUCAACACAUACACUCUUAGCUAGCUACCCUUACUCUGAUAUCCAAGGUAUCCUCCCAGUGAGAGAUGUCUCCGGAGGCUUUGUCCUGGCCGUCGGGGGCUACAGUCGCCUCCACCUCUUCUCCAACGCCAUGGACCAUCAAACUAUCAUCAACAAGAUGCUGGAAAUGGCCAAUCUAACACUGAGUAUUAGUAUAAAAGUACUGAACACAAUGAUCACUUUGGAGGAUUACCACAAUCAAAGAUUUGGAAAGUACAGUGGCGACCAACAUCAGACCUCGCUGAGCGAGUUCAUAGUUCACAAAGUGAACCCAGCGCGGCACAUGGAGCCGAUGCGGCGUACACUUUGUCUAUCCGACACAUGUAUUUUGGAGCGCGACCCGCAGACCUAUUCGGUUGUCUGCCUUCGUCCUCUGAGCGAUGUGUUCGCUUUGGUCAGGGACCGGGACCACCCACAAAAGUUCUCCAUCGAGUACAUGAAUGGACAGACCCGAACUUACAUGGCCGGCGAAAGAGACGCCCUGUUGGCGUCUCUCCUGGACGGCGUGCGCUCGGCCGGGCAGCGCGACGUGCACGUGCGCUCGGGCGCCACGCCGCGCGGCUACCGGCUCGGCCCGCUGCACCAGCCCGUCGACGAGGAGACCGAGUCCAACCACCUCAGAUUAUUCCAGAACCCGGUGGGCAUGACGCGAGCGGAGGUGAUCGAGCGUUUCAACGCCAAUGUCGGCUACAGCGGACUCAACUAUUCCGUCAGCGCCGAUCGCCUAUUCGCGGAGAAUAAGGAGAAGCUGAUAACGGGAGCGCUGAGCGCUCUCGUGAACAGCACCGCUACAAGCGCCACGUUGCCUCCGAGAGAGCUGGAGGCGCUGUUUCACGCGCUGAGGCGGCUGUGUGCCAGCAAAGUGGGUUUCGCUGCCUUUACAGCGUUGCCUGGAUUCCGCGAAUGGAUCGGCACCGCCGUGGUGGGCGCGCUGCGGCGCGGCUCAGCUGCGUGCUCGCACGCGGCGCUCGACGCGGCCUGCGCGCUCAUGCAGCCCAUGCACCACGAGCCGGACUUACGGCAGGAACAGCUGAACAAGGCCUCCAUGCUGGCUACGCAGCCUUUCUUGGAGGGGUUGUUGUCUAUGUGGGCGGAACACGUUACGGCCGGAAGCGGCGCGCUGGUGGUGGCGGCCAUGUUGGAUUUCCUCACGUUCGCGCUAUGCGUGCCAUACAGUGAAACUACGGACGGCAAACAGUUCGACCAGCUUCUAGAAAUGGUCGCCAAUAGAGGCCGAGUGCUCUUCAAACUGUUUGAGCACCCAUCAAUGGCUAUAGUGAAAGGCGCAGGCCUAGUGCUUCGCGCUUUGGUUGAAGAAGGCGGUUCGGGCGUCGGCUCGCGGAUGCAAGCACUAGCGUUAGCCGAAGCGGCCUUACCAAGACAUCUGCUCACAGCAUUGUAUGCUGGGGCCAGGUUGCACCACAGACAUCUAGCGCGGCAUCUGGUGGCGCUUUGGUUAGUGGACCACGCACCAGCGCAUAAUUUACUUAAACGAAUCAUGCCCUCCGGACUUCUGGCUUUCCUCGAGUCAACAGAGGCGCCCCCCGCCGCGGUGUUAGAAGCGGACCGGAUAAACGAGAGAGACAACUUGGAGCUAGCACAAGCUUCCGUGAAGUCGCGCGCGCCGCACUGGGAGGCGCUGGAGCGGCAGGUCAAAUACGUCGAGAAACAUCUGGAGCACUACGCGCAGCUGGCCCUGCAGCACUGGGCGGCGCGCGCGGGCGGCCCGUCGCGGGCGGCGCGCGACGCGGCGCGCGAGCGGCCCGUGGUGCUGCGCCGGCGCAGGGAACGCCUCAAGUCCGGCGCCAACUGGCCGCUCUUCUACUACCAGUUCCAUCGCGACCACGCGCUGCCCAACCUCAUAUGGAACCACACGACUCGCGAAGAACUUCGGAACGCACUAGAAAACGAGCUCCGAGCGUUCACUUCGGACCGCGAAGUGUGUGGCGACACCCUAACCUCAUGGAAUCACGCAGAACUAGAAGUGCACUACCAGUGUCUACAGAAUGAGGUCAAGAUUGGCGAUUACUACCUAAGGAUACUACUGGAACAGAGAGACAAUGAUGACAGUCCCAUACGGAAGUCCUACGAAUUCUUCAACGACUUAUACCACCGGUUCCUGUCAACGCCGAAGGUCGAGAUGAAAUGCAUGUGCCUCCAAGCUAUGAGCAUCGUCUACGGCCGGUAUUUUGAAGAUAUCGGACCAUUCGCUGACACCAAAUAUAUAGUACAGAUGCUGGAUAGGACAUGUGAUAGAAUGGAAAGAGACAGACUGGUUCAAUUCUUAUCAAAACUGAUUUUACAUAGAAGAAAUGUUAGUGAGAUUUUAGAAUGGAAUGGUAUAAGAAUAUUAGUAGACCUAAUGACAUUAGCGCAUUUACACACAACUCGAGCCACGGUACCGGCGCAGAGCAACGUAAUAGAGGGGCCGGCGCGGGCCGAGGGCGGCGACCGCGAGUGGUACUACAACAUAGAGCAGGGAGGCAAGGUUGAGAGAAAGGGACCCAUCAGCUUCCAGCAGCUCAAGGACCUGUACAAGAGCGGUGAAAUCAACAACAAGACGAAAUGCUGGGCGCACAGCAUGGAGGGUUGGCGCUGCAUCGGCGCCGUCCCUCAACUCAAAUGGACGCUCGCGGCCCGAGGGACCGCGGUCAUGGACGAGAGUGCUUUGGCAUCUACUGUGCUGGAUCUGUUGAUAGCUGCGGCCCAGUACUACCCCAGCAGAGACGAAGAGGACGCUGUAAUACGGCCUUUGCCAAAAGUGAAGAGAAUGUUGUCAGAACCGGCCUGCCUGGCGCAUGUCGUUCAACUAUUACUUACCUUUGACCCUGUGCUUGUUGAGAAGGUGGCAACACUGCUUUACGAAGUGAUGCAGGACAACCCUGAGAUCUCCAAACUGUACCUGACAGGCGUGUUCUACUUCAUGCUGUUGUACACGGGCUCGAACCUGCUACCCAUCGCGAGGUUCCUGCGACUGACCCAUAUGAAACAGGCGUUCAGAGCCGACCAGACUACAUCAGACAUAAUGCAACGCUCGAUCCUCGGUCAACUGCUGCCUGAAGCCAUGGUCUGUUACCUGGAGAAUCACGGCGCGGAGAAGUUUGCGCAGAUCUUCCUUGGUGAAUGGGACACGCCUGAAGCCAUAUGGAACUCUGAAAUGAGACGAAUGUUAAUAAUGAAAGUAUCAGCACACAUCGGCGAGUUCACACCCCGCCUCCACGCACACAUCGCCGCUCGCUACCCAUACUUAGCAAUACCCGCUGUGUGCUACCCACAACUACAACACGAGCUAUUCUGCAACAUGUUCUAUCUGCGCCAUCUGUGUGACACACACAAGUUCCCUGACUGGCCGAUUCCAGAACCGGUUCAACUUCUAAAAGACGUAUUAGAAGCAUGGCGGCGCGAAGUCGAAAAGAAACCCCCUUCUAUGACGGCUAGCGAAGCUUACGCAGCCCUAGGUCUGACCGGACAACACGACGAAGCUGCUGUGCGCAAGGCGUACUACCGGCUCGCGCAGCAGUACCAUCCGGAUAAAAAUCCGGAGGGCCGGGACCGCUUCGAGGCAGUGAACCAAGCUUAUGAAUUCCUAUGCAGCCGCAACGUGUGGACUGGCGACGGGCCGAACGCAAACAACAUCGUGCUCAUAUUGCGCACGCAAACUAUACUUUUCCAGCGAUAUUCGGACGUACUGGCUCCAUACAAAUACGCCGGCUACCCUCAGCUGCUUCGAACAGCGCGUCUCGAAGCCGAAGCGGAGCAACUGUUCGCCGAAAAAGAUUCUUCUGGAUUGUUGCCAGCGGCGUGCGAGUUGGCUCACGCCACCGUUAAGUGUUCCGCUCUUAAUGCCGAGGAGUUAAGGAGAGAGGGUGGUUUACAGGUCCUCCACGAAGCCUUAACCCGCUGCGUGCCCGUCCUCUCCACAUCGACGAAGCCGGGCGACGUGGCGGCCGCAGUCUGCGCGCACGCGGCCCGUUGCUUCGCCGUCGCUGCGCAGUUCCCCGCCUGCCGAGACUUGUGCGCCACGCUGCCGGCGCUUAGCGGGGACGUCGUACCGCUGCUGAGGAGACCGCAUCUCGGCGACACAGCGUGCGCGGGCGCAGAAGCGGUGGCGGCGCUGGCGGCUGAGCCGACCAUACGCGAGCAACUCGCCCUGGCCGGGGCCUUGCAAGCGCUGCUGCCCAACGUGCUGCAAUACGAUUACACGCUGAAGGAGUCUGGUGUGGAGACUGACGCACAUGCUAACAAGCAGGAAGUGGCGAACCAGCUGGCGCAGCUAUGCGUGGCAGCGCUGGCCGCCAUGUACGGGCCGCACGCGGAGCCCGGGCCGCUGGACGAGCGGAUACGGGAGGCGCUGCAGGCCACGCUGACGCCCUACCUGUGCUCGCGGCUCGCGGACGAAGACCGGCACGAGCUACUCAAAACCCUAACCUCAAACUGGCGAACACCCUUACUCGUCUGGGACAACAGCACAAGAGCGGAACUACGCGACGUACUCCGAGCCAAGAUGGAGCCAGACGGUUCACUCGUCCCAGCCUUCAAGUACACGGCCCAUGAGGGCUUGUUGGUCGUCGGCGGGGUCUAUGUGGCCAUAUAUAACGAACAGCCCGAGUACCCUAUACCGAACCCUCAGCAGUUCAUCCUGGACCUGCUUAAGUUCACCCUGGAACAGACCAAGGAGGACAUGACUCCGGAGCGCGUGGAGCACAUCACCAUGGCGCUGUCGGCUCUCGCCAAUGUCGUCAUCAAAAACCCAGGCUCCGAGAUCCAGUGCAUAGGCCAAUUCGGUGUAAUCUUCGGCAUGUUGUCUGCGCGCGCGCACCCCUCGCUGCAGGACGCGGCGCUGCGGAGCGUGCUCGCCGCCGCCGGCAGCCGCGAGUGCGUCGAGGACGUCGCGGCCAGCCAAGUGCUAGGUCAUCUUCUGGCGUUGCUGGGCGCGCGGCCGCCCCGGCCUGACGCCUUGGCCGCUCUGUCCGCGCUGCUAGCCAACACGGCGCUCGUCAAGGAGGCGCUCGCCAAAGGUGCUGUGAUAUACCUGUUAGACUUGUUCGCGAACAGCAAGGUUCCAGAGAUGAGAGAGUCCGCGGUCGAGUUGUUAGCUCGAAUGAUGGCGGACAAACUACACGGACCCAAGGUCCGUCUAACAAUGUCGCGCUACGUGCCCGGAGUAUUCUGCGAAGCGAUGCGCGAGAGUGGACCGGCGAGUGCCACGCACAUGUUCGACUCGCGGCACGAGCAUCCCGAGCUUGUGUGGACGGACGAGGCGCGUGCGCGAGUGUGUAGCACGCUAGCUGAGCGGGCUGACAAACACCAAUGCAACCAGCUCCGCGACCCCAACUCCGCGUUCGAGGACCGCGAGACCGUCGAGCGGGCCGCGGGCGAGGACACUUGGGCGCCGGCCGGCGAGGUGGUGGUCGGCGGCGUGUACCUCAAGCUGUUCCUGCAGAGCCCGCACUGGAGCCUCCGCAGCCCCAAGCGGUUCCUGCAGGAACUGCUCACUGAGUGCGUGGCCGCGCUCGGCAAGGACGCCAGCGAGGGCAGCAGAGGCGACAUCUGUGCCAAAGCGCUGGCCGUACUCGUGUCCACACGCCCAGCGCUGGGCGAAGUGUGUGCCCAACUGGGUGAGCUACCCCGACUGAUGAGAUUACUGCCGCAGUGCCCGCUACACGCUGUACCCAUCGUCGCAGCCUUAGCUCGCACACAGUCGUGCGUAAUGGCGAUGAACCAGACCGAAGUGAUGUCCGGACUGAAAACCGCCGUCAAGUCAUGUCGGGAGAUAAUAGGCAGCGCGUGCGAGGCGCUCGCAUCCAUAUUCAACAGCUCCGUUAACACGGAUCGGCUAGUUUUACAGGCUCUAGAAACUGGUCUAAUAGACGAACUCCUGUCCCUUCUGGAGACCCGGCUCGACGGGCAGGCCGCCGCCCAGCUGGUCAACGCAUUGAAAGCCAUGGCGCGUUCGACGACGCACGGCGAGCGAGUGAGAGGCGUGCUGGCCAAGAGCCGCGUGUGGGAGCAGUACGCCCAACAGCGGCACGACCUGUUCAUCACUGCACCCUCACAGCACGCGCUACAAGGUGCGGCGCCUACCUCAGCGGGUUACCUGACAGCCCCACCAUCGAGUAUCACCGCGCAGCCGCCGCCCAUCGAUUGACGGCUGCCCGUCUG